CAAGAAGCAGAAAGCCGGAGGUUGUGCCCAUCGCUUAUGAUGUCGGAUUCUAAACAGCAGCAUCCAGCACAGCUGCCUUGACUACACCCAGCCCAGGUAUUGUUCAUUGAACAUAACAAGAUGAGCAACAACAACAGACGACAGACGCUUGGAGGGCUCAGCCCGGCCAUGCUGAACAGCCGGCAGUCUAUGGGACCCGCUAGGAUUGCUAUGGAAGGGAAGACUGCCGGGAAGGGGCCCGGACUGAGCGGCAGACCGUCCAUGUUCCCAGGAAAUGUCAGGUUGGCAGGACCAGCCACAGCAGUCCCACGCAGGUCAAGUGCACAUGCAAAAGCUGGGGGCCCCAAGCACGACCCCAGAAGGAUUGGGGACAAGGCUUACCAGGCAAACUGCAUCAGGACGCUGAUAGCGUACCUGUCAACUCAUGGUUACGACCAGCCCCUGACCCCCAAAAUGCUGGCCAACCCCAUGGGCAAGGAUGUCAUCAACAUCAUGCAUUUCCUGAUGCGCCAGGUGGACCCACACUGCAAGAACCAGGGGAAGAUCGAGGACGAGGUUCCGGCGCUGUUCAAGCGGCUGAAAUACCCCUACACCAUCAGCAAGAGCGCCCUCUUUGCCGUGGGGAGCCCCCACACCUGGCCAGGCCUCCUGGCUGCCCUCGUGUGGCUCACAGAGCUGCUGUACUACGAGGAGAAGGCGGAGCAAGUGAGGGAGCAGACCUUUGACGACAAGGCGCGCUCGGAGAGCAAUUUCUUCAACUACGUCUCAACGGCGUACCGCCACUUCCUGUCUGGGAAUGAUGAGGAGUGCGCCGCGGUGGACGAUGCACAGACGCGCGUGUUUCAUGACCGUGCCGAGGCCACGCGCACGCGCAACGCAGAGCUGCAGCAGGAGAAUGAGCGGCUGGCAGCUGAGGUGGAGGCCAUGCGUUCGAGCCCCUCCCCGCUGGAGGAGGCGCGCGCGAAGCACCAGGAGCACCUCUCCGACCGUGACAAGUUCCGCAAACUGCUGGACAACCUGCAGAGCCACAAGGAGGGUCUGCAGAGGAAGGUGGCCGAGCGCACGGCCGACCUGCGCAGCAAGCAGCAGCAGUUGGCAGCCAUCGAGCAGAUGCGCGCCAGGAUUGCUGCCCAGACAGUGAGCAGGGACGACGUCAUCCGCAUGAACCAUGAACGGGUGAAGCAGGAGCAGCGGCUGGGUGCGGUGGCGUCGCAGCGGGAGGCGUUGGAUGCGCGCGUGGCGGACCAGGAGCGCGCAUGCGAACACCGCCUCGACGAUCUCGAUGCAGCCCUCCAGAUGUACCACAGCGCGGCAGACCGGCUGCAGCUGAUCCCGGCCAGCGCCAAACGCGCGGCUGGCAUCCAGUACGAGAUCUCCCUCGACCGCUCCGGCACCACCGCCCACGAACUCAUCAACAUUGACCUCAAGGGGGUGGUCAAGGCGGGGCUGGUGCGGGUGCGGGAGGGCAGCGGCAGCCGCGCGCGUGAAUUGGCAGAGGAGGCGCUGGCGCUGCAGGAAGGCCUUGACGGAGCCCAGCACAGCGCCUCCGAACGCGCCGAAGAAAACGCCGCCCUCGCCACCCAGGCGCGCACACCAUGCCUCUCUAUGACUGUGGCGCAGCUGGAGCGGCAGCUGGCGGCGUCCAAGGAGGCGAUGGAGGGGGACAUCCGCGCACGGGCGGCCGAGGCGGACGCUCUGAAGGGCGUCGUGGACGAGCUGCGCAACGCCACCUGCCACACCAUCGCAGGCUCCGAGGCCGCCAUCCUCGCCCUCCAGGGUCAUGCGGAGGAGGCGGUGCGUGCGAACGAGGCGGAGGCGGAGCAGCUGAAUGGAGACCUGGCAGAGGCGCUGCAGGCGCUGCUGGACCACAAGCUGCACCUGCAGCGCACGCUCGACCACACCCACUCCCACCUGCACUCCACCCUCGACAACAUCGCCGCCACCCCUGUCUAGAGCCACCAACGCUCCUUGUUUUGUUUGACUUCGUCAGAGCCGCACCUGUGUAGAGCCACCAACGCUCCAUGAAAUGUUGACUCCAUCGGUGCCAUUUUCCUGUGUAGAUUCAUCAACGCUUCUGGAAUGAUUGACAUCUCGGUGCCACUGCUGUGUACAGCCGCUGGCUGUCCUUGAGUUGUCGCCACUAUCGCAGUAUCUUCCCUGUGGAGCCUUCAACCAUGGGGCUCUUUGGAUAGAGACUUCUGACUAUGGGGUCCUGACAGCAUUGUGACAGUUGUUAACCAAAGGGAGUCUGCAGCUGGAAGCUCUGCAGCUCGUUUACAGGUUUUGACUAGAUGGAAUUGUUGUGGAUGGACCGAUUGAGUUGGUGCCAGACAAUGUCAGUUGAACCUGUGACACUUACAAUUACAGCGCAGUGCUACAUGUACAGGAGAAUCAUGGUUUCAUUUGUAGUUUGGGCAUUUUCAGAUUGACUGUCGUUUCUCAACUGUAAUUCAGGAGUGCAUUG